AUGGAAGUGAACAUACUCAUGCUACUGCGAGUCAUGAAUGACUCAGCUUUAGGAGCAAUAUACGAAUGGUUGGUUAACCAAAUUUUUGCCAAGCAUAUCGUCAACACCAUGGAAGUGAACAUACGACAUGUUGGUAAAAAGUCAGACUGCCGAUCAACACCUCCCAACUUAUCCUUAACGUUCGACAUUUUGCAAAAAUACCGAAUGAAAUUGAACCCGACGAAAUGCUCCUUCCGUGUAUCUUUCGAAAAAUUCCUUGGCUUUAUGAUCAGCCAACAAAGGAUCGAAGCAAACCCUGAAAAAAUCAAAGUUGUGAUAGAUAUGGAAAGGCCAAAGACACAAAAAGAUAUUCAGAGCCUCACAGGGCGUGUUGCGGCCUUAGCAGGCUUUAUUUCAAAGGCUAUGGAUAAGUGUGCACCAUUCUUUAAAGCCUUGAAAGGAAGCAAGCAGCAUAUUACUUGA